UUGUGAUUCUGUCAAAACCGAAAAGUUAAGUUGUGAGACUGUUUUUCUUUUCCGAUUCCGGUGAUAGUUUCACAUUUAUUUAAUUAUUACCCUAAAUUAACAAGUAGUUUUAAAAAAAUAUCAUCUAAAAUGUGCGACGUUGAAGCUGUUACCAAAAUAGCUUCUUGCCUUGGCGUUCCAAUUGGAAAAGUCGGGUACAAUAGCGAAAAAAUUGUCACCAGAACUAACAACAAUGAAACAGCAACUGGUUUUGCCAACAUUCUAUCGAUAUUAGCCAAGGAAAGUAAUUCUGAAGCUGCUAAGAAUAGUUUAGCUUCAGUGGAAGUUGAAGCUCAAGUCCAGCAAUGGAUUGAAUAUGCCAUCCUCUAUGUAGCUCCCGGAUCUAAGGACAAGCAUGUAGCACAGCAUUUACUCAAGGACUUCAAUAACUACUUUGUGUCGAGAUCUUAUUUGGUUGGUUAUACUCUUACUUUAGCUGAUUUGGCUGUUUUUGUGGCCAUUACUGAUCUCAUUAAAUCGCUAUCGCCUAUUGAGAAAGAGAACUACUUGAAUCUCUCCAGAUGGUUUAAUCACAUCCAACAUAGACCAGAAGUUAAUCAAGGUAGUGAAGUUAAUUUCACCACUGUCUACCUCCAUGGAUCCGCAACACACAAAUAGAUUUCAUUGAAAAAUCAUUAAAAAAAACACGCAUGGUUCUUUGAAAAGCAUUUAAUUAUAUGAUGAUUGUAUUCCGAUGACAAGAAAAAUAGAUGUUUCAUACAAACAAUUA